UUCCUCUCUCUCUCUCUCUCUCUCUCUCUCUCUCUCUCUGCAGCUUUGACAAAGUGAUUGAAUGGCUAUACCCAUAUGCAUAGCAAACUUUCUUCCAAUCUUAUCUUUGACCCUAUUAUAUAACGGGACCAAAGCUCCUCCUAGAAAGUACCAUCCAUCCAAAAAAAAAAAAAAAGAAAAAAAGAAAAAAAACAUAAAAUAUUUCAAACACCAAGCAUAUUCACAAAAUCAUAUUUAUGGCUAAGAAGCUUAGGGGCAGCAGUAGUGGGAAGAAGAAAAACAGCAUUGUGCAGCUCAAAAUUGUAGCACAAAAGCUGCAAAAGAGUCUUCUAAUGGGUCGGAAAUCGAACUCUUAUAUGAACGAGAACCACGAAGAAGUAUGCGAUUUGACACCGGUUCCUGAAGACGUGAAGGAAGGGCAUUUCGCAGUGAUAGCUGUGGAGGCUGAUGAGGAACCAAAGAGAUUUGUAGUCUCUUUGUGCUAUUUGAGUCACCCAACUUUUCUGAGGCUGUUGGAACAAGCAGCGGAAGAGUAUGGUUUCGACCAUGAAGGUGCACUAACGGUUCCUUGCAGGCCAAGCGAGCUGGAGAGGAUAUUGGCUGAGCACUGGCAGGAAAGAGAUGAGUCUUCUAGUAGUGUUGGGGUCAAUUGGGAUUCUUGCAAAGCCAUGGUGCAGAGCUAUUAAUGAAGCAUAAAUUGUUUCAAGCUAAGCGAAUUCCAGAUUGAAAUUGGGAUUUGGUUGUUAAUUUUUCGGAUUAGUGUUUUUGUUAGUUUCUCUCGUGCAACAAUAAGGCUUUUCUAGUUUUGUAACCGGUUUGUCUUCCCUUUUACAUGUAUUUGACUAAUUGGUUGCCUCAUCAUCUCCAUGGAAAUAUGCAUAUUAAUUCCUAUAACUAUAAUAUAUAUACCCUUACUACUUCA